AUGGAGUCCAUCAUUGCGACCUACGGAUCGUCAUCCGAGGCAUCAGACGCUGCUUCAUCACCCUCAUCGCAUAGUGAAACAGACGAUGUUGUAGCACACGAGUCUGCUAGUGGUGUUACUACACGGUCUGACUCAAAGCACAAGCGCUCGGAUGAAUUGCAAUGGAUACGAGCGUUUCCUCACGUGGAUGGCAAUUGGCCAAGCCACGUACGAAUUAACAUUCCAGUUAGUCAGGAGCUGCGUGAGAUGGCAAGCAGAGUAAUUGAACGUGUGCAGAAAGUUGCUAGUAAAUCGGUGUCAUUGGUGGCGUUUGAAGAGCUUGGCCUUCGCAAGUGUCUAGCUCCAGACAAAAACAGUUACCUGCAUUUGAGUCUCUCGCGACCGUUUAUCCUCAAGUAUGACCAGAUCAAUAUAUUUGUUGAUUCGCUUCGUGCUGCGCUCAAGUGGCGACAAUGUUUUAGUGUUACCCUUGGCCAUGCACUUGUGCUAGUGAAUGACGAUAAGACGCGCUCGUUCCUAGCGCUUCGUGUUGUUAAAGGACAAGAUGAAUUUGUAAAAGUGCUGCGCUGCGUGGAUCAAUGCCUUGGACGCUUUAAACAACCCACAUAUUACAAGCAUCCUAUUCCGCAUGUUAGUAUCGCAUCUUCAAUGGGCAAAGAGCUAGCGAAACUAACAUCGGACCAAUGUGAUAGCCUCCUAACCCACCGACCAGAACGGCAGCGUAUCACAACGCCAUGUUCUUUUACGACGAGUGUAGCAGCAGUUCACGUCACCAUAGGCAACAAGCACUAUGACAUUCCGCUCCGUUGA